CUUGUUGUCAUCGUGAGUCGUGACAGCCAGUAAGUGAUAACUGAUAACCAGUGUGGGAAGUCGUUCAGCAAGAAUUUUUUAAAAUGAGUGAAGCAGCGCUGAACGUGGUGACGGACGAGGUGGUGAGGGCGGCCCUAGUGUCUGACAGGGGCAGUCAGGCCACUCUCGUCUCCUGGGCUUCCGAGACCUUUACCAGCAAGUUUGACGGCGCCACCUCCGCUAUCUAUAACAUCAGGACACAGUACUCACUGGCUGGCCAAGCUAGAGAAGUUUCAUACGUGGUGAAAAUCAGUCCAAGUCGGGCGCAACAGAAUGACUUCUUCAGUAUAAUUUUUGCAAAAGAAUGUAACUUUUACGCUGAGGUCAUUCCCGCCCUUAAUUCUGUGCUUGCAGGAAUAGGACAAAGGCCUCUUGAUUUUCCUAAGUGUGUUUACUACAGUUUAGAGACGGGGAAGGAGAUGAUCCUCUUAGAGAACCUGCGAGAAAAGGGUUACAAAAUGGAGAGCAGAAGGCUAGGAAUAGACACCGCUCACACCACACUCGUCCUGAAGGAACUGGGCAGGCUGCAUGCAGCCUCAGCCCUACUACAGACCAACACCCCAGACCAGGACCUCACCGAUAAGUUCGACUGUCUCAAGAAAGAGUGGACCAGAGAGUUUAAUCUUGGCUGUGACUUUGGGGCAUUUGUUGAUGAUUACCUGGACUCUGCGAUAGAGAUGUUCAAGAAGAUCGGAGGCUGUGACACUGUGGUGGAGUGGAUCAAAAGAAUUAAACCACAAGUGUGGGACAUGUACGAGCAGCAGCUGGUCAAGAAGCCUCCCUUCGCUCUUAUCACUCACGGUGACUGUUGGAUCAACAAUCUGCUCUUCAGGUAUGAUGAGAGCAACAACCCAGUAGAGGUGAAGUUACUGGACCUACAAGGCUGCCGUAAAGCUUCCCUGGCCACGGACCUCCAACACUUGCUCAACCUCAACGUGACAGGGCCAAUACGUCGACCUAACCUUAACAACUUUUUGGCUGCCUAUCAUACCUCCUUCAGUGCAAUCAUGCAGGCAGGAGGCUCCACUGUGCCUUUCUCUUUGGAGGAGCUGCGUCAGGAAUACAUUGCCAGGGGAUUCUAUGGGGUGUUGUACAGCAUCAUGUGGCUUCCCAACAUGGUCAGACGCCCCGAGGACAUGAUAGAUAUUCUAGGCAAUAAGGAAGACAGGAAAAUUUCCGAGAGGAACAAUGUGCUUCAGAUGGUAGACAGGAACCCACUUUUAAAACCUCGACUCCUCUCGGUGGUUGAAGAAUGGGUCGAACACGGUGUCAUAUCUUAGAAUACAGUUUUGGAAGCUGAGUAAAUUUAACCUUUUGAAUGUAGUCUUCUUACAUCAUCUUUGCUAAACACUGUGGACGAAAAAAACAACUUUUAUACAGUUGAGAUGUUUAAAUUAAGGUUCACAUGCACUGGUCCAGUAACUGAACAUUGUGCCAGACGACUACACUCAGGUAGAGAAGGUUACUGUCAGGCGUUGAGGAGUAUGCAAAUGGUUCGGAUGAUCAGGGGUACACAAGAGACUCAAAUACUCGGAAACAAAUGGAUGGGCAAUUGGGCAUUGGAUGAAAAAAAGUUAAUGUUACUUAUGCCACCAAUAAACACGCAUCCCUAAA